UUGAAAGAAAAGUUUGAAAAUUUACAUUGGAAGUUUAUCUAUAUCCCUAUUUUUUUAGGUUUAAUAGCAACUGUUGUUGGAUUUAGUGUUGGAGUGGCAUUCUUUCCUUGGUCACAAUACGAUACUUCCUUUGAUGCCAUCGCGCUUCUGGGAUUCAUCAUCUUCUUAGUGUCUGGAGUGUGCGUACAUUACAUGCUGAUACAUGCAAUUCGAUUCGUUAAGUUCCGGUUAGUGAUGCCUUUUCUCAUCUACCAUGCUUUCUUAAUCUCAUUGAACGCGAUAACUGGUUUGAUAGCCAUCGGCGAACUAGUAGCGGAUCAGGAUAAAUUGUACCCAUUUUCUUUACAGACACCUCAAUUAGACAUUGGUGACAUCACUGCACGAGGUGUUUUGCUGGUGGUACCGAUAAUAAGCUGUAUACAAGCACUGAUGCUUGUAAUUAUCGCAAAAGUUCGAGUAUACCUCAGAGAUAAACGUCGCCAUAUACGUAAUGGUCUCCCACCUCCAAUUCGAGAAGUUAUCCUGCCAGGGAAUGUUCCUUUUGUAAAUAAUCACAAUAAGGUCUACGUGGAAUCUUCUCUAAGCACUCAGCGGGCAUGCUCAACGCAAGAUAUAACAAAUAGCAAGGAAUGA